UAGAUAGAACCCCGUCCGCUGCUGCUCCUCGCACCGGGGAAUCCACAGUAACGGUGAUUUCGAAUUCCGAAGACAGCAGUCGGCGGAAGAAGAAUAAGAGCGUUAACGGAGUUGAUUUCUGCGCCACCUACUCCUCUUCUCUCCUAAAGCCCUCGUAGGGCUUCUCCGCAGUGGCAUUGCCCUUUCCUGAGUCUGCAGGCCCGACGCCUCUCUUAGAUUCCUUCGUUUCUGGAACCGGCGCACCCAAUGCCAAAAAUUUUCGGGUUCUCCCGCCGCCGGACGAAACUAGGGAGGUUGAAGGUACAUCUCGCUGACCCUGUGCAGGGGACUAGGAGUCCCAUCCGACCAUCCAAGCGGCACAGCCAGUCCAACGAAGAGAAUGAGGUGCUGCCAUCAUCAAGUGGUCGUUCUGAUGACCAUAAUUGCCAUUGCUCUUCCCGCACAUUUGAUCUGCAUAAGUGCAGUGUGGAUAGUUCAGAGAACUGGAAAGUGUUGCCAACCUAUGGGAACAAACCCACUCCUCGUUUCCAUCAUGCAGCUGCAAUUGUUGGAAGCAAAAUGGUGGUUGUUGGUGGUGACUCCAGCCAUGGUGUAUUGGAUGACACUCUGAUACUUAGUUUAGACACACUUACUUGGGCCACUGCCACCUCUAAUGUUUACUCAUCUCCUGGUGGGGUUUCGUUGAAAAUCCCUGCAUGCAGAGGUCACGCCCUGGUCUCAUGGGGAAAAUCUGCUCUCCUUGUUGGGGGGAAAACUGAACCUCCGAGUGACAAGUUGUCAGUGUGGUCUUUCAAUGUAGAAACAGAGUGCUGGUCGCACAUAGAGGCAAAGGGAAACAUUCCGGUUGCUCGUAGUGGCCAUACCGUACUCAGAGCAGGCACUGUCUUAAUCCUUUUUGGGGGCGAGGAUGUGAAAGGAAGAAAACUAAACGAUCUUUUUAUGUUUGAUUUAAAGUCUUUAUCUUGGCUUCCUUUACAUUAUAAGGGGACAGGACCUUCUGCAAGAUCAAAUCAUGUAGCUGCCCUUCAUGAGGAUAAGUUGCUCUUUGUAUUUGGAGGACAAUCAAAGUCUAGGAUUCUCAAUGAUCUCUAUUCUCUAGAUUUUGAAACAAUGAUAUGGUCAAGAAUAAAGGUCCGUGGUCAUCACCCUUCACCUCGAGCAGGUUCUUGUGGUGCUCUAUGUGGAACUAAAUGGUAUAUCACAGGGGGUGGAAGCAAGAGAAAAAGACAUGCUGAAACCCUGGUCUUUGAUGUUCUAAAAUUAGAGUGGUCCGCAUCUGUUGUGUCGCCCACUGUUUCUAUUACCACCAAUAGAGGCUUUAGCUUGCUUCCCGUUCAUCACAAAGACAAAUCAUUUCUCUUAGCUUUUGGAGGAUACAAGAAAGAGUCAUCAAAUCAGGUUGAAAUAUUAUUCUUGGUUACUAAUAAAUGCUCAAUGAGCUGGCGAUCUGCCCCAGAAACAGAAUUAUUACCAUAUGAAGAAUGUGCUGCGAAUAUCAGGGAGCUUGGUGCCCACCUAAAGGCAGUUUCUUCCCCAGCUUCUGUCAAUCCUGUUGCUAGGCAUAGUCUAGCAUCUGCACUAGAGCAGCAAAUAUCUGGUAGAAAAUCCAUUUCUGAUGAUCCUUCAGUAUCCAAUCUUUGCAAGCAAUGUCAUCAAGAUCAAGAUUAUGGUUUAGCUGCUAAAUCCCAAAAACCUCUGGAGGAUGAAAAAUAUGAAACUGAUGACCAGUUAGUGCUUCAUAAUACUUCAUCACAGAGGAGCAAAAGGCAAGAAGCUGAAAUAAAGAUGGACAUUGCUGGAAUUUUAGCUAGCACAGAAGAAAUGCAUGCUGAAUCAGAAGGUUCAAAUGUGGACCGUGUUCUACCUAUUGAGACAGAUGGAAGAUCAGUUUUGACAAAUCCUUCCAACAUAUAUCAACUAUAUGAAACUAAAAUAGCAAGCUUGACUAGGAAGAAUGUCCUACUCGAAGAACAGUUGAAAGCUGCUUUGACAUGCCGAGAGGCUGCUGAGAAGAACUUAUCUUCUGCCGUCAAGAGUAAGCAAGAGGUAGAGACAAAACUAGCUGACACUGUCAAGGAAGUUGAGCUGCUGAAGGAGAAGCUGGCUGGUGUAGAGCUAGCUCAAGAAGAGGCUAAUAGUCUCUCAAAUAUUGUCCAUUCCCACAACGUGAGGCUUGAGCAUGAUGUAGCAUUUUUAAAAGCGAUCCUGGAUGACACACAAAAGGAGCUAUACUCAACGCGUGGAGUUUUAGCCGGCGAAAGGGCAAGAGCAUUUCAACUUCAGGUGGAGGUGUUUCAUCUCAAGCAAAGAUUGCAGUCCUUGGAGAACAGGGCCCCAACACCCAGGAAACCUAUCCAAAUGUAGGGUAUGAUGUUCUCAAUUGUUUCAGAGUGUGAAAUCAUUUGUGGUAUUUUGGUUAGCCAUAUAUUUUGCAGUUGCAAUGAUGUUCUCAAGCAAAGAAUGCAGUCCUUCGAGAACAGGGCCCCCACGUCCACAGAACCUAUCCAAAUGUAGGGUAUGAUGUCGUCGAUCGUUUCUGAGUGCAAAAUCAUUUGUGGUAUUUUGGAAUUUGGAUAGCCAUUUAUUUUGCAGUUCCUAAGAUUAUGUUUUUGUAUAUACAGAGAACUCGUAAUAACCCCUUGGGUACACUAAGCUUAAUUAUGACAGUGCAGUGUAAUAUCUUGCUGGUUUGACAAACCAUUAAUCAUGUCAUUGGGUUAUCAAA